AUGGCGGAACAACCUGAAGCUAUAGAUGACGGAUUUGUCUCGGUUAAGACCUUGCUGCCGACGCUCCCAUUCCCGCGCAACGAAGACAGGGAGGAGAUCAUCACUGAGAGGCUCGUCAUUAGACCGUGGACGCUGGACGACGUGCCUGCGGUUCACGUCAUUCGGACACAGCCCGAGGUUAUGAUGUGGACGUCGCAAGGGAGACCAGAUGCAAACAUUGCCGAGACGGAGGCAAAGGUCAAGCUUUUCACGGCACCCAACGACAUUGCCAAUUUCAACUUUGUAAUCUGCGACAAAGCGACGGGUGAGAUGAUUGGCAUGGGAGGCAACCAUCGCCGGGAGUCACAUGUAGGCUGGCCUGAGCUCGGUUACGUUCUGCGAAAGGAAUAUUGGGGCCGAGGACUCGCGACCGAAUUUCUACGGGGCUUCCUCGAGGCGUAUCGCAAGCUGCCUCGGUCGCAAGUAGAGCUGCGAGUCGCAGCGACGUCGAUAGUGCCGUCUCUUGCCGAUGGCGAGAUGGCCGACGAGUUGCUCAUAGCAGAGAUCGAGCCCUCCAACGCCCGCUCCCACGGGGUCAUGAAGAAGGUUGGCUUUGAGUACUUUACAGAGAUCACCGAAAACGACGCACACAACCCGUCGCAGCCGGUGACGUUGGCGCUUUAUCGAUAUCUCCCUGCUAGGGCAAUCGAGUCUUGUUGA